AUGAUGCUGAUAAUCGUGAUGAUGAUGCCACGCGUCGCCGCCGCCCACGCCCUCGGAGGGGCCGGUCUUCGUGCGCAAGCGAGGUGGCAUCUGCCGCAGCCGCUGCCGCCGCCGCCGCCACCCCACGAUGACAUGGUGGUCGGCACUGACGGCCUCGUUGACGGAGGCCCAGUGCGCAUGCGCGAACAGCGCAUCCUGCGGCGUCGUCCGGGCCUCCCACGUAUGAGUCGAGUCCCGUGCUGGUCGCCAACCGUCCUACGACCCGACCGCGAGGCACGAAUCGAGGACCGAGUCGAGGAACGACGCGUCUUUGCCAUCUCCGCCCUCCCACAGCAUCUCCUCCUCGUCAAUGUCCAUGGCGUCGCCGUCGCCAAAGCCGUUGGCGCCCGCAAAGUCGGCGCCCGCGAGCGGCACAAUGUCGAGGCCGCUGCGCGUCGUCGGCGAGCUCCAUGA